UCUUUAUCUCACUUGCUAGGAUUCUGAUUUUGAUUGCUUACUCACAUCACGCUACGUCAGCAUAUUUCUUUGUCUGACAGGGGCAAACUGCCAGUCUGAUUUGCCUGGGACUUUCACUUCUUUCUCUCCUCUUAAAUAAAGCGGGCUUUGUGCGGGGUCAUCUUUUUGUCAUAUGCGUGAAGCUCAAAAGAGCUCAGCUCAUAUUCUGUCUGUCUCCCAGCACAGUCUCAUCCAUUUUCCUCUCAUCAACCUUCUACCACUACAGAGAAUAUUCACCUGUUUAUCCACUGCACAUAUCACAUAAUAUGUCUGGCAACCCCAAGCGCGGCGGGCGCGGACAGAGCCGUGGUGGUGGCAGGGGGGACUUCAACCUACCCAUCCAUUCAGGGCGAGGAGGAGGUCGCGGUCGUGGAGGAGAUCGUGGUGGACGUGGUAGAGGCCGUGGAGCACCAGUCGAAGUUUACAGUGCCAAUGCUCCAGUGCCGGUUGAUGCCAAAGCGGCGCAGGUCGAAACACAGACUGAGAAGGCCAUCAAGCAGGAACCCAAGGCCCUCAGAGUUCAACUGCCCCUGAGACCCGGUUAUGGCACCCAGGGUCGGCCUGUGGAGUUGUGGGCGAACCAUCUGCACCUCAUGCCUAAAGGCGAUCUCAUACUACAUCGUUAUAGCGUUGAUAUCGUGCUCGACGCAGGUAGCCGCCAACCCGCAGGGAAGAAGCUCCGGCGCCUUGUCCAGCUCUUGCUCCAAGAGCAUUUCGGGCAGUACGACCGUCAGAUAGCCACGGACUUCAAGUCUACUCUUGUCUCGCGACAGAAGCUGGACCUGGACAAUAAUGGCUAUCAGGUCCGUUACCGCAGUGAAGACGAAGACGAGGCAGCGGACAAUGCCCCAUUGUAUCGCAUGCGCGUUCAGCCCACUGGGACGUUGACGGUUGCUCAACUCAUUGAUUACCUAUCCUCGUCGAAUGUCAGCGCUGUGCUGAAUUCAAAGGAGGAGAUCAUCCAGGCGUUGAACAUCGUACUAGGACACACUGCACGAGCCGCACCAAAUGUCACUUCUGUUGGCAGCAGCAAGCAUUACCCACUGGCCAGAUCGACAGAGGAGAAGUUUGAUCUUGGAGCGGGUCUCAUUGCUGUCAGAGGAUUCUUGAUGAGUGUUCGAGCCGCAACUGCACGGCUCCUGGUCAACGUGCAGGUGAAGCAUGCUGCCUUCUACCAAGAAGGUCCUCUCGAGCAACUGAUGCAGGCUUACAUGGUCGCAAACCCCAGCAAGGUCAAGCUGGCGAGUUUCCUAAACAAACUCUCCGUCAAUGUCACCCACAUUGUCCGCAAGAACAAGGCGGGCCAGCUCAUCCCUCGGAUAAAGGUCAUCUGUGGCCUGGCAAUGCGCGAUGACGGCCGGAACCAAGCACAUCCCCCUAUUGUUCCUUCUUUUGGAGCUGGCCCUAAGGAGGUGCAAUUUUUCAUUGGAGACGAAAAUCAAUCACCAAGCUCCGGUCCUAGUGGGAAAGGGAAGAAGAAAGGCAAGAAUCCGCCCAAGGCUGGACCUGAACCCCCGAGCCAGGAAGGCUAUAUCAGUGUCUAUGACUUUUUCCGCCGCAGCUACAAUAUUCAGCUUCGACACACGGAUCUACCAGUGGUCAAUGUCGGCUCGCGAGAGAAUCCGACGUAUCUCCCAGCUGAAGUCUGCGAAGUGCGUGCUGGACAGGCGGCGAACGCGAAGCUAUCCUCGAGGCAGACACAGAAUAUGAUCAGAUUCGCAGUACGCAGACCAGUAGACAAUGCGCAAUCUAUCGUCACCUCUGGUGUGAGCUUGUUGGGAUUCAAUUCAGCUAACCCAACCUUGAACGCUUUCGGUGUCAAUGUGAAUCCCAUCUUGAUUACCGUUCCAGGCCGCGUGUUGAAUAGUCCCGAUGUCCGCUAUGGAAACAAAAGCAUUUCGACCAGGUCUGGUAGCUGGAAUAUGUCUGAAGUGCAGUUCGCAACCAAAUCCACUCUCACCUCCUGGACAUAUCUGCGCAUCUCCUUUCCAGAUGCCACCGAGAGCCCAUGGAAGAGUGUAGCUGAGUUUCAGAAGACCUUUGAGGAAUUUACAAAGAUAUUGCAAAAAUCUGGGGUAGUCACAGGGAUGGCAGUUCAGGGAAUGGAUAUCACGGUCGACCCGGAUAACCCACAAGCCACGAUCGAUAACGCUAUCGGUCUAUUUGCACGAAGCAAAAUCCGGGCGCCCCCCAAGAUGCUUUUGGUGAUCCUACCUGAUACUACAGCUGCCGUCUACAACCGCGUUAAAUAUGCGUGCGACGUGAAAGAAGGUUUACUGAAUGUCUGCGUGAUCGCCAGCAAAUUCGCCGAGAAUUCGACCCCAUACUUCGCCAAUGUAGCCCUCAAGUUCAACCUCAAGCUAGGUGGCAGCAACCAUCUCCUGGAUAACUCCAAGCUCGGGCUCCUUGCCCAGGGCCGUACUAUGGUUGUUGGCGCAGACGUCACCCAUCCUUCUCCGGGCUCUGCAGGGAACGCACCCAGCGUAGCCAGUGUCGUAGCUUCAGUCGACCACCGGAUGGGGCAAUGGCCAGCUGCAUUACGAAUUCAGCCUCAGGCCCGGCAAGAGAUGAUCGGAGGUCUGGACGAGUUGUUCAAGAGCCGUCUCCGUCUCUGGACUAAACAUAACAAAAACACCUAUCCCGAGAACAUAUUGAUGUAUCGUGAUGGAGUCUCAGAAGGUCAAUACCAGCUUGUCCUUAACGAGGAGCUUCCCUUACUGCGAAAGGCGUGCAAGGAGAUGUAUCCAGCCUCAGAUACCAAGAAAGGUCUCCCGCAUAUCACCAUCGUGAUCGUGGGCAAGCGUCAUAAUACCCGGUUUUACCCUACCACUGUACAAAACGCAGAUCGAUCAUCAAACCCGCAAAACGGCACGGUCGUUGACCGCGGUGUUACAGAGGCGCGCAACUGGGAUUUCUUCCUGCAGGCACACAGUGCGAUUCAAGGGACUGCCCGGCCAGCCCAUUAUUAUAUCGUCCACGACGAGAUAUUCCAGCGCACGAAAGUGUCUCCCCCAUUCGCUAAUGCCGCGGAUGUUCUAGAAAACCUCACUCACAAUCUCUGCUAUCUCUAUGGCCGUGCCACCAAAGCCGUGAGCAUUUGUCCGCCGGCAUACUAUGCUGAUCUGGCCUGCGAACGCGCACGAUGCUAUCUUAGCGGGGUAUACAACCCGUCUCCAGCGGAGACUCCUGCAGGGAGUGUUGCUGGCAGUGUGGCUGCCGCAGAUGUGGAUCCUAGCAUGGUGCAAGUUCAUGACAAUGUGAAGAAUGCAAUGUUUUACAUUUGAUCUGUUUAUCUAGGAUGACGGAAUCUGGUUUCGAGGGAAUUUUUGGGAGUUCGGGUUUUGGUCUAAUUGGAAGAUAUGUUAGCGAGGUUCAAAUUACCUCUGAAGAAGGGAGAAUGACUCGUAUGAUCACUUGGUGGAAGUUUCUUCAGCUGUACAUACUAUGCUGAGUAUGCAUCUCAUGCAUUCUUAGCUUAGAAGCUAUGGCAAUGAAGAUAUGGUACAAUUCUAUCGCA